UAUAUAUUCUUAGUAAGUAUUGUGUAUAUAUAGACAACAAUAAUCCAUCCUAUCUUUGUUGUGACACCGGAUAAAUUACUAACCAAACAUUUUCCAUGGUAGGGCAAAAAAAGCAUCAAUUUCAUUUUAGAAUCCCAUGGAUAUCAGGUUUUUCUUCCACUGGAUCACAGUCUCAUCCAAAAUCAAAAUCUCCUUCACCAAAGGCUCCUCCUACCCGAAUUUCUGAACCUCAAACAAGUCUAGAGAGCAAAAUGAUGUUUGCCACUUCCACAUCCAACCCUAGUGAAAAUAAUACUAUGAAGGAUGAUGAAACAAAUUUUGUUAAUAAAGUGGCCACUGUGAACCCAACAACACAGGUUCCGAUGGAUGAUAAAAAAGUUAGCGUGGUAACUCUGGCGGGUGAAAACAGAGGAGCAACAAUGCACGUGGCAGAUUCUCAGUCACAGUCAACAAAGAAAAAAGGGUCAAUCCACAAGAUACAUAGAACGAAUGAAAAAGAAGAGAAAGAGGAAGGUGGGAAAGCAUAUGUGAAUAGUAACAUACAGAGUAUGAAUAAUUCAUUCAUGUUGCAAGGGUCAUUAACGGGAAGAGACCCUGGCGUUCGUGUCAUUCUUCCCCAAAAGCAUGAGCCUGAGGUUAAACGAGGUUUAGAAAACCGUGGGAAUGAAGGAAGCAAUGUUAGCAGGGUAGAGAAGUUACCUUAUCGACCAACGGUUCGAAGACGGUGUUUGAGAGGACUUAUGGUAGAACCAAGUGAUUCUGAUCCUGAUAAACCUCGUCGUCAUGGCUGCAAAUUCAGUUGCGGAGAUGUUAAAAAGGAUAACGGGAUUCUGUAACUAAAUAAUAAACACAAUACUGUCUAUUCAGGAUUUUGAUUUUUCAUGUUGACCGCAUCCA